AUGCAGCACCCGCUGGAGCUGGGGGCCGCGCACUACUUCCCGGCCGAAGCUUUCCCCGACCACCGCUCGCACCGCUACCGCAGCUUCAUGAUCGAGGAGAUCCUCACCGACCCCCCGGACGCCAAAGGGGCCGCGCCGGCCGGGGAGCUGCUCAAGUUCGGGGUGCAGGCGCUGCUCUCCGCUCGGCCCUACCACAACCACCUCGCGGUGCUGAAGGCGGAGCCGGCCGCCGUGUUCAAGUUCCCGCUGGCUCCCUUGGGCUGCUCGGGGCUGGGCUCGGCGCUGCUGGCCGCCGGCUCGGGGUUGCAGAGCGGCUCCGCCUCGCCCCAUCUCCCGCUGGAGCUGCACCUCCGCGGCAAGCUGGAGCCGGGGCCCCCGGAGCCGGGCAGCAAGGCCAAGAAGGGGCGCCGGAGCCGCACCGUCUUCACCGAGCUGCAACUCAUGGGGUUGGAGAAACGCUUCGAGAAGCAGAAAUACCUCUCCACGCCAGACAGAAUAGACCUGGCCGAAUCGCUGGGGCUCAGCCAGCUCCAGGUGAAAACCUGGUACCAGAACAGGCGCAUGAAAUGGAAGAAAAUAGUGUUGCAGGGGGGCGGCCUGGAGUCCCCCACCAAGCCCAAGGGCCGCCCCAAGAAGAACUCCAUCCCCAGCAGCGAGCAGCUCUCGGAGCAGGAGCGAGCCCGGGACGCCGAGAAGCCGCCCGAGAGCCUGGGCUCGCCGGCCGAGGUCAGCCAGGAGGAGUGAGGGUGACCGCCCGGCCCCAC